GUAGCAGACGACAUGUCGAGGUCCUGGGCCGCCGCCGCCGCUGUACUCGUCCUAGGCCUUCUACCCAUCAGCAGCGCCGAGGAUCACAUACUCACCUACGGACCUCAGCAAGAAACACUUUACACAUUGGAGGGAGAAGAACGCAGUACACCCCACGUUUAUAGACAAAAAUUUAAAAGGUUUUUGUCUUUCAACAAUGAUGCGAGCAACAUCAGAGUGGAGAUGGUGUUUGCAGUGCCUUUUCUUCACAUUCCCAUCGGAGGCAAGACUGUGGAAGGUCCCUACGGCAACGGCGUCACUCCCGUGGUGGACAUCAACGCUAAGUCCCUCCUCACUGCCAGUGUGCUGCUCUUAAUGCUGUUCUUCGUCAUACCCAAGAUAGUCAGGGUCUUUGUACCUACAGCUCCACAGGCCAGAGCGUUUGAGGAAGGUGAAGUGAGUCGUGUUAUCCGAGGAGUGGAGGAGGUAUUCCACGUCAACAGCACAGCCUGUUGGCAGCAAGGGGUGUGUUCUCUGGUACAGGCCGGACGACGCAACAUCCACAGCGACCAUCCCUCCAGCUGGGGCAAGGUGGUGGAUGGAGUCUCCAGUUUGAAGUGGGUGGAGAAGACAAUGGCUGGAACAUGGCUAGGCGAGGCGGUCUCCUCAGCCAAGCAGGACAAUGACGGCUGCAAAGUGUUUUACAAUCAAUGUCCGUUGAGUCCAGACAAGCUCACUCAUUUCACCAAGGAGUUGGCUAGAAGAUACAUGAACCAUCUCAUACAUCUCCACAAUACCAACACUGUGAAAUGAUCACUUUUAUGUGGUACUAAUCCAGGUCCAACAAAUACUGUAACUUAUAAUGGAAAAGUAUUUUAUUAUAGAGCCAGGUUCAGCGUGUAUCAUAUGGAAGAAAUUUACUUUUGACAUAUUGAGUCUAUUGGAAAAUUUGCACCAUGGAUCUCUUUGCAGUCACUGUAUGUUAAAAUUAUAGGGGGACACUUUACCAUGCAAAGUUUACAUUGAUGUAAGCCUGUCAUGAUUUUUUUUACAUAACUACAUUAUUUAGUUGAAAAUGAAAAUAACAAGACCUAAAAUUGCUAUGAUAAAUUUCCUGUUGUUGUAUGUUUAAAGUCUUAAUUAUAUUGCCUAGAACACCUAUGCUUUCCAUAAUGAAAUAUUUGAAAUGAAGAUCCAAAAAGAGACUCAGUAAACAUAACCUGCGUGGUAAUUUAUUAUGGCCAUGGUAGGACCCUGAGUCGUUAAAGAGGAUGUGAUUCAAAAUAAAUUUACAGAAUAGAGAAUUCAUGCAGUUUUCAAUCAUAGAAAAAUUAAUACGGAUAUUAUUAUUAUGUCAGGUUCAGAUUACAAUCCCUGGAGGAAGAUGGGAUGUUAAGGUUUCCUUAUGAAAUUAAUCAUCUAUACGUUUAAUCUGCUCAUUUUUAUUACUGAGAUUUAGCUAUAUGUAAUUUAAUAAACUACUACAAAACAAAAUAGAAACAUUAUUU